GGGGGUCUGGUCCACACGAGUGUCUACGCACAGUUGCGUAGGCGGCAGACAGACAUAAACACACCCAUGACAAACGCACGCAGCACAAACUGACUGACAGACAGGCACACAGACAGCUGCGCCGUCUAUUCCUUGCCACCACACACACAUGGUCUAUCUAUGUCUGUGCAGCUAGCUAUACAGCAACCCUCAACCAGCAGCUACAUACAUGCCAUACCAUACAUCGCCCACCACUGCACACAGCCCAGGCAUAACCACACACGACAGUGGUCAACGCGUCCUCUCAGGUGUCCGUUCAUCUCUCUCACUCACCCCCUCCCCCUCCCCAGCCCCCCCUCCCUCACCCUCUGCUACCCACUGCCCAUCAUCUCCCCCCUCGUCGAAAGGCCUGUCGUAUCUACUGAGACGCAUCUCGAUGUCCGUCUCACCGGCAAGACCGCCCACCUCGCCAACGUCGGACUCGUCAAGCACCUUUGGGCGGCAUGUGGGGCAGGUCUGCUCGUUGAUGGACAGCUGGAUGCCCAGAUGAGCGCUCGGGUGCCGACGGUAACUCUCUUCAACCUGAUAUACCCAUCCACACCACACACAUGACAUGGGGCAACCAACCAUGCAUCCUCAUCCCCCCCUUGUGUGUAUGGCGCAGGCAUCGCAUCACGCAGGCACCUGUGCGACGGUGUCGAAUGGUUCCCUGUGCAGUGUGUCGGGUAUGCCCAGCAGCAGCAGCACCGCCACACCACCGAUAGACCCGAAUAUCACCAGCGGCAGGGAGGGAAACAGCCACUGACCCAACACAAUGAUGAAGGGCACCACACACCCCGCUGCAUGGCCAGAGAGGCUGGCUGCCCCCACGGCAGCGUUGCGGACCGAUGUGGGGAAGAGCUCAGCAGUGUAGAGGUACACUACCGCCAACGCUGCUGCGGCAAACGUCCUGCGACACACAUCACAUCCGAUCAACACACACAAAUGGAUGCAAUCAACGGACAGACGCAUCGACCCUGUGUGUUUCUCUUUUUUGUCAGUCAGUUACCUGGCGGCGACGGCCGCUCCAGCGAGGAAUGGUCCUCUGGGUAUGAAGGGGGUGCAGAAGAAGAUUAGAGAUGCGAUGGUGAGUGAGAAGGACACCACGCCCUUCCGCCCGAUGCCGGGGAUGUCACUCACACGACAUGACGUGAAGUUGGCCACACUCUGAAAACCAACACCGACAGACAGGCGUAUGUGCGGGUCCUUGUGCCCCUCGUCCUAGCUAUCAUAUCAUAUCAUAUCAUAUUUGUGUGUGUGUGUACCUCGAUGAGUCCAGCAAUUGCGAUGGCGGCAUAGAUGUUGCCCCCUAGCUGGCCGAUAGCCAGCGUCGGCCCAUAGUAGCCUAUGCCACAGGCGAACCACACCCACAGCUUGACCCCCGCCCACUCUCUGAGCGGCGUCACGAGCACCAGGCUGCUCAUCUCCGCCGGCAGGACGCCCUUGCCCGCCUCUCUCGCCUCCUCCGCACCCCCCAGCUGCUCCAACACUUCUGCCGUCACCUCGGGCGGGAAUAUCCGCCUGUUCUGCGCCGCCAUGUGCUUGAGAGCCAGGAGGGCGUUGUCAUAGUCCCUCUGCGACAUGAGCCAUCGGGGUCCCUCGUGCAUGAUGGGGGAGAGCCACGCCGCGUAGGUGAUCCAGAAUCCUGGGAGUGCGAUAACGAGCGACAGAAGCCGCCAGGAGAAGAUGGUGGAUGCGAUAAGGGCUAAUGAGCAGAUGCCCAAAGCAAAGGCCACCGAUCCGACGGCAGCGGGCAGAAAGCGAUGCCUCUCAGCAACGAUCUCCUCACUGCAGUAGGGAAACAGACACACACAAAGGGGAUAUGAUCCUGAAUCUCGGUGUGCCUGUGAUCCGUUCGGUUCGCUUACACGUGCACAAAGAUGACGAGCAUGGCGCCACACCCCCCAAAGGCAGUCAAGAAUCUGGCGAAGGCGUACAUGGCCGGCGAGGCGGCGAAUGCACACGUGACAGCAAACAGCUGACACACGGUGCUCCCGAGGGCGAAUGCCGUGUGCCUCCCGAAUGUGUCGGAGAGGAUGCCGAAGGUGAAGACGCCCAGGCAGAAACCCACAAAGUAAAAGGCGUUGAUGGUCGACACGGAGAAGAACGUCUCCUUGCAGGCCAAGUCAAAUGUGGACACGACGGAAAGCCACGAACUCGAAUACCUGCACACAAUACACAAGCAAUCAGACAGACAGAGGUAGGUGCUGUGUUCCGGUGUGUCUGUCUGCUCCUGCAUAUUUUCAGAUCGAUGCAUCCUCUGCUUACACGUAAGGCGUGCUGCAGUCCCAUGGAGGCAGCCGCUUGCUCGCAUCGCACUCAGGCACCACCGUGGCGUUCGUCGCGUUGCUGCUUGAUGAGUCAUUCCUCGAAACGUCGUCAAUCAGCCCCCUUACUCGUAACCUCUCCACAGCCGUCCUCAUCUCCCAUUCGCCCGUCGUCUGAUUACUCCCGCCGCCGCCUCCCUCUGCUGCCGUGACAUUCGCAGGUCCCUCCGUCACGUUGGGCGGUGCUGGCGGCAACGUCGGGCUGACAGGCAGUGGCGCAACGGGGGCUGGCGACGGGGCGAUGACUGAGCAGUCAGGAUAUCGCGGUACGUCUUGUGUGGUGAAUGUGAGCAGGACGGUGAGAGCGCCGAUAUAGCUCCACAUGAUGCAGGAGAGGAAGUAGAGGACGUUCCGCUGGUACUUGCCCCAUGAGCCAACCGCCUCCUCCAGCUCCUCAAAUGAUUGAUAUGGGGCGCCGGCUGUGUUAGGACGGGGGGAAGGCGCCGCACCAGGUACAGGAACGUGGUCCUCAGGUCUGUUGAUGCGCAUAUCAGCAGCUCCGACAGACGCAAGGAGAGACUAUGAACUCGGAUGGAGCAGCUUCACCAAUGUUUGCCCGGCAUAUGCGUCUGCCGACUCAUUGGCAGCGAUGGAAGGCCUCCGGCCUGAAUCCCC